ACCAUUCCGGGGUUAUUUUCUGGUUACACACAGUUUCCUUCCAAACAGCUGUUUUACACCUCAGUGUUUGAACAGGCGACUGUUGUUGUCUGCACUUUCUGUGUUGACAAUCUGAGCUCUUAUUGAACGUCGAGGCGUUGUGCUGUGGUGGCUGUCAGUCAGUAACCAUGGAGCCCACCUGUCGCAAAGACAAAGUGAAGUUGAACUCCACUCCUACUCGCGGCGACAGGGCCAAGCAGAAAUCCGCCCAGCAGGAACUGAAACAACGACAACGGGCAGAGAUCUACGCCCUGAAUAAGGUGAUGACAGAGCUGGAGCAGCAGCAGUUUGAGGCCUUCUGUAAGCAAAUGCAGUCCCAGGGAGAGUGACUGACAACCUCCCAAUGGCAGCCCAGGACCAUAAACCCUAACCUUCAGCAGCCCUGACCCACAGUUCAACUACAGUCUCAACCAGUAAAACAAGAGUAUUUCUUACAUAUCAUACAGACACGUUGAACUGUGAAGAUUGCUGAGUGAUUAACCGAGGGGUAAUUUAUUUUACAUUUUUUAAACAACAAAUUGACCUACUUGGGUUCAAUUAUUUGAAUUCCAUUUUGUUUUCUGUGCACAUUGCACAAUUUCUCUAGAGAUAAAUCAGAUCCUGUUUGAACUGUGCAACGUAGUAGGGAGUUGUAGUUUCCAACAGACCAAUAUUCUACUUAGUUUCGCGCUUAAAACGUAAUUAACUACAAUGACAAAAAUCCAUUGCGCAUUUACUUGUACAGUCUUUCUUUUACGCCUGCUACAAAAGAGGCAGAAGAAUGCACAAUCAUGAGGGGGAUAUAGAGAGCAGUUGUUACUUCGAGGUAUCUCUACCUGAAAAUAAAUUAUCUAUUCUAAGUGAUUGAUAGUUGGUAUUCAGCAGUCAUAAAAGUCUGCCUUAUUUACUUUGAAGAACUACAAAAUAUAGAUUUUGUCAAAGCAUAUGCAGCAGCUCUAUAGAGAUGAGCUGUUGACUUGGAAUGAAAUAAGUCAUAAAACAAAUGUAAUAUACACAACUGUAAUGUGAAUAAAUGGUUAAUAAGUGAUAAGCAGCAAUGAGCAGUUACUACCAUCAUGGGACUUUGAUUCAUUGUUUUAUUCUGUAAUACAGCAUUCAACCCAAAUAAUCAAAACCGAAAUCCAAAACCUUUUAUUUUUUUAAAUAAUCAAGCCGAACCCGAAACGACCUCAAAGCACUAAUCGUUUAGCACUAACUGUGAAUCAUUUGCUGAGGGAUAUUUCCAUCCUGGUCCUGUUAUGCAGUGGUCGCCAUAGACAUGAUAAGAAUCAUGUGGAUCACUGGUGGUGUGCUCUCCUAUUGCCUCUCCUGUCCUCACGCGCUGAAACAGUUGUGUUUUCUGGUAUGUGCAAUGUUGUCACUGCGCCAGUCAAAACAGCUUUAGUGCAUGGAGUGUAAGGACAAUAACACGCAGACAGACUCAAACACUCUGGGGAUACAGCCAUUGGUUAUCAACAUGCUCCAUAAGUUGUCAUAAGUGGACAUGCGUUGCAUUGUGAAUGUAACAAGACAAGAUUAUUGGCAUAUUCUAAACUCAGCAAAAAAAAGAAAUGUCCUCUCUGUCAACUGCGCUUAUUUUCAGCAACCUAAACAUGUUUAAAUAUUUGUAUGAACAUAACAAGAUUCAACAACUGAGACAUAAACUGAACAAAUUCCAUAGACAUGUGACUAACAAAAAUGGAAAAAUGUGUCCCUGAACAAAGGAGGGGGGGGCUGCAUUAAGUACUGCAGUACAUCUCAUCCUCAUGGACUGCACCAGAUUUGCCAGUUCUUGCUGUGAGAUGUUACCCCACGCUUCCACCAAGGCACGGACAUUUCUGGAUGGAAUGGACCUAGCCGUCACCCUCUGAUCCAACAGGUCCCAGACAUGCUCAAUGGGAUUGAUAUCUGGGCUCUUUGCUGGCCAUGGCAGAACACUGACAUUCCUGUUUUGCAGGAAAUCAUACACAGAACGAGCAGUAUGGCUGGUGGCAUUAUCAUGCUGGAGGGUCAUGUCAGGAUGAGCCUGCAGGAAGGGUACCGCGUAAGGGAGGAGGAUGUCUUCCCUGAAACGCACAGCGUUGUGAUUGCCUGUAAUGACGAACUCAGUCCCAUGAUGCUGUGACACACCACGACGGACCCUCCACCUCCAAAUCGAUCCUGCUCCAGAGUACAGGCCUCGGUGUAACGCUCAUUCCUUCGACGAUAAACGCGAACCCGACCACCACCCCUGGUGAGA